AAGAAGCAGCAGCACAUGAGAAUGCUAGCUAGCAUGAAUUGGAUUAUGCAUCUUAUUAGUGUCUCUUUAGUACACAACUUUUAAUGUCAAAUGUUAAAUGAUCUAGCAUGCGUCAGUUGUUAUCUUGGGACAGCUAUUUGUAUGUUUUCACUGUUAUAGUUAUAAGGUAUGGAGCAUCACCUAGCUAACUGCUAACAGUGUUUUUACAACUUGAGGUACAGUCUGUUGACCUUGUAGACAUACUUUGUAAUACAUAAUAUGCGCUAACUAUUUACAUUAUUACUGCUUUUGUGGCCGAUAAUGUAAAAUGGCAACAGUCAGAUAAUGUUAAUUUAACGCCUAUUUUAUCUGUUUAAUUGGCUAGCCAAGGAACUGACGUGGUUAGCUAUUAGCUUCACUCAGGGGGGGGCAGUGCUGAGAUUAAGGACGUCCUAGUGUCGUAAAGAACAAUGUCUGUCCGGGUGACAGAGGAGGUCGUGAGGUGGUGCCUGCGCUUUCGCAGCCGCAGGUCUCCAUGGCAACAGCGCGGUUUCUUGUUGACAACAUCAGUCAAAGACCCACCUCUCCCAAGUCAGCAGUUAGCACACAUCUGGGGCACAAGGCAAAGCCAGACAUGCCUGGAUAGGAGUCCUGUCAAUUCAGUGAGGUUUUACUCACAGGGUGGGAUUCACAGUAAGGACUUGGAAGAGAAGGAGCUUCUCUCGUCUCCAGUGGGAGAGUCUUCACCUCUCGCUGAGAUCCAAUCUGAUGAGCAGACACAGAGGAGGUCGCUUUUCUUGGACCGAGUGCAGCAAUGCGGCUCCCCAUCAGACGUCUUAGACCUCACCUAUCAGUACUCGCCCACGGUUCGACAGGUCAGCAACUGCCUGACCCGCAUGUGGUCCACCACCAAGAAGAUGUCAGAUGAGCAGCGGCGCUAUGAGCUGCAGCUGAUGUUUGAGCACCCUGCGUUUGCCAAGCUUCUGCAAAAGGCCAUGAAGGGAGUGGGGCACAUGAGCAAUGACGACAUGGCUUAUUCUCUCCUGGGUAUGGUCAAACUGGGUGUUCCCCAAAGUAGCCGUGUGGUCCAGACCUUCCUCCGAACCUGCCAGGAGAAUCUGAAUGACUUUGAUGAGAAGGGCCUGUCCAUCUUGGCCUCCUGUCUGGAACAUAUGGACAGCAGCACCAACGCCGAUGCUCUUAAGGAGGGCAUGAGGUUGGUAGUUGAGGCCCGUCUUCCCGGGAUCAAAACUGUAAUGGCUCUUCAGACCAUGAUGCGUCUGUUGGGGAAAGACGCCCCACUGAACCUCAAACGGAAACUCGAGGGAAAGGCUCUAUCAAUGACCGACCAGUUCAGCCUUCCCAACACCCAGUACAUGAUCACCACAAUGGCCACUAUUGGCUUCUUCUCCAAACCACUGCUGGAUGUCUGCAGUAAGACGAUUAAAGAAAACCUCAAUGGAAUCCCCUUCAACAGAUUGUUUACAGUCCUUCAGUCCUGUAGGGAUCUGCACUACAGAGACUUUGAUCUGCUCACUGGCAUUUCAGAAUACGUCGCCUCUAUAAUAGACGUAUGGACCAAAAAACAGGUGGUCCUCUUCCUGUCUGUGUUUGAGAACCUCGCCUUCUGUCCCGCCGCCUUAAUGGAGGCAUUUGCUAAGAAGGUGAUCACCAAUCCAGAAGCUCUGACACUUAAAGACCUCCUCUGUGUCCUCAAGGUGUACUCAUCUCUAAACUACGAUCUGCAGCACCAAAGACAACAGUUCCUGGAGAGUCUGAGCCGGGCCCUGGACUCCUAUCUGCACAAGAUGUCCGGGUUUGAGCUGUUAAAGGCUGUAUACCAUCUUUGUCUACUGGGCCACAUCCCCUCUGCACUGCUGGAGCAUCUCCUGCAGAGCAGUACACUGGAGAAGUUUAACGCUACAGCACCCAGGUUUCUCCCUCACCAGGAGAGAAUGUUUCAGACAGUGAACUUGUGCCUCCGUCUUGAGAGUCCACCUCUCCCACAGCCCGUGACGGUCCCCCCAUCUGUCCUUGGAAACCCCGCCCCCAGCAGUCAAUCAGUCAACCAGUGGCUCCAGCAGGGCCUGCAGAGUGUGUUGGGGGACCAGGCGGACACAAUGCUGCAGGAGAUGGUGAUGGUGGAGAACUUCUACCUCAUAGAUGCUGUGAUAAGCAAACCUCUGCCAAAGCAAACCUCUUUGACUGAAGCCAGUAGUUGUGCAGGAGAAGAGAGUCCUCCAGCAGAGAGCAGUCAAAGAAUUGCAAUAAUUUGCACACAACACUCUGGUUUUUGCUACGGCACGUCCAAUCCCCGCGGCCCUCUGGCUGUCAAGAUUCGCCAUCUGAGAAUCCUGGGAUAUAACCCUGUUUUGGUAACAGAGCAGGAGCUGCAGUCCGAGGAGAAGAGGACGGACUUCCUCAGAGGACGGAUUUUUCCAGAACAUCUCCGCUCAGACACACAACCCAAAGUGGAGCAACCGGGAUCUUGAGGACGAACGCCGAGAGCCAAAUCUGGAUCAGUAGUCUAAACCUGUGCAAUCAUCAUGAACCCGCUGAUUUUGUUGUGCUAUUUAAAGCUUUGUCAACGAUUAAGAAGGAAUUCAAGUAUUUAAAUAAUAUCUGUCCCAAAAAGGCUUCAACAGCUAACAGAAACAAUGAGUUCAUCUUGCUGAUGCUUGCGGAGGUUGAUGAGUAAGACCAAUGCCGCUGAAUGAAACCAAUAAAAGCUGUGUGUGCGCUUGCAGUAACUGCACAGAAAAUGCAAGGUGAGCAAGGUAAAGCUUUAACCUUUGAAGCAGCCACAUCUGCAGAAAGAACGAUGAAGGAUUAAAAAAAAAAAAAAACAGUAGCGGGAGGAAGACAGGAAACGGUGCAGGUUGUUAUUGUUCGAAGUGUUUGCCUCUCCUUGUUGUAUAUCUGCUUCUCAUCAACCUCAGUGAUGUUAACUUUCAGAAAACAUGGUGAGAUGUUUCUGCCUUCUCAGAAAUAAAAGCGUGAAAGGAGAUGUGUGUAUUUAGAUUUU